GCACUCCACAAACAAACCCCAGGACAGCUCAGCGACUACCACUAGCAUUAGUGCUUUCCACCUCUUUCCCACCUUCUUUUGAUUGUCUGAGCUCAAUGGACAACCCUUGCACGACGUCGUCUUCGAGUACACCUAUUCCCGCAUUCGCCGAACCGCUCGCUCCUUACCUCAAAAGUCGCGAGGAGGCCUUCCGUAUCCGCCAAGCCUUGACUGCUUAUGUCCGUUCGCACAUCAUCUUCGCUGAGAACGACCCUGAGAAUCCCGAGCUCUAUGCCAAGUCACACCUGACUCUAUCUGUGCCUGGCGAGGCAGUCUCUGGUGUGGAGCGCAUCCCACCCGAGGUGACUGGACUGCGGAGAGAAUACCUGGAGGCUUUGCAAGCCAACAUCGCUGCGAGAAGGGAGUAUCAGUCAGCUAUAGAGAAGCAGAAAGCAUGCAGGUCGCAACGACGACAGAAAGCGGUCGAAGUGCCUCAAUGCAACCCUUCUCGGGACUUGGGUGAAUACAUCAAUCUCCUACGUGAACGUCGCCGAAAUGCGAAACUCCAAGUAUUCCAACGCUAUCUACAGGAGCUCAAGGAACGAAAUAGAAGAAGAGCUGAGAACUUUGAGGACAGCGUCAAAAGACUUGAAUUGGUAGUACCGCCAGAGUUGCUGGACGACGAAAGUCAAUUAUCGUCCAACACAGGGGAAAAUGUUGAGGAAUUGAUGCACAAAUUGGAGAAGGCAGUGAUACGAGCGAAGACCCAGUUCGACAGGGAAAAAGAGCUAUUGGAAGAAUUGAAGGCACAAAGAAACCUUGACGAGGAUUCUCUGCCCAGCAACAUCACGCCCGCUACCAAAGUACUCGCCCUGCAACGAACGCGUGAUGAACUGGUUCAUUGGGUGGAGGAGAAAUUGGUCAGUGCUGGCAGCCAUGAAGAAAGUGGAUCCAGGCUGGAUCUGGCCCCCGAAGACCUCGAGGAAUCUGCACGCCUAUGUGAGGAGCAGCGAGCGGAGGUAGCACAGCAAUAUGCCGAGUACAUUGAAGCCCGCAAGGCUGCUUUAGACGCAGCUUCCAGGGCAUGUCAACCCAUUGCAGUACCUCCUGUACCCCCCUCAACUCGCCCUACGAGUAUCAUCCCGAAGAAAGAUGUGGCACCAGCGCCGCGGUCUUUGAGUCCAAUGGAGGUACUUUCUUAUACGGAAACAAACCUCUUACCGUUGUCCAAAGGCCAACGCGCGGUUUCCUUACAGAAGUUCUACUUGUCAGGCCUGCUUGAGAAGGAGAAAACCAACACCCUCCGCAUGCUCAAUCGCUUGAGAGACGAAAGUCAUCUUCUUCCCGAAUUCCCGAUUCCCGAUCAACGGCGAUCAAAUCGCGCAGCGGCUCCUGCAUCCUUCCGGCAGGUUGUUAAUGGUCCCGAAGCUCUAAAAAAAGACGAGAUAAUUGCUCUUGCCGAAGCAUGGGCAUUUGCAUCCGACGAAGCCGGAAUGAACGUGCACGAGUAUGUAGAACAGAAGUUGGCAGAAGGAAAUGAGACGAUUCAGGAUGCAAGACAGGCUCUAGAGGCGGUUUGUCGUACGCUCAAUCAAGACGUUGAGAGUACUGAUGGAAAUGGUUCAGAGGGAAGUCAGACAACGGGAGUACGAAUGACUAGAUCUCGAUCUAAAUUAGAGCGGCGUGAAGUACAACCCACAGGAGGCUGGAACGAUUUACGCCUAACGCGCGGCUGA